AUACAUCAUUGAUAAAGCCAUCCUACCUUCUUCAACAAAUCGUAAUAUAUUAAACCUGCUCAACCUCUCUUUCCAUAAACCUCGAGUACUUCAUCACUCGCUGCCAUUUCCUUCCCAAAAAUGAAGAACCCGUUUCUCACUCUAACCUUCUUGGGCAUCCUCGGUAUCAUAGUAUUCUUCCCUAAACCCUCUUAUCAACUCUCUGUAGAUCUAGAUCUCCCGCUCAUCCCAAACCCUAGACUCCUGAAGGCUUACAUAGCUCUCCAAGCCUGGAAGCAUGCAAUCACCUCCGACCCCAAAAACUUUACCUCAAAUUGGUGUGGCCCAAAUGUUUGCAACUACACAGGAGUCUAUUGUGCACCAGCCCCAGAUGACCGUAACACCUUAACAGUUGCUGGUAUAGACCUAAACCAUGCAAACAUAACCGGUUAUUUGCCAGAAGACCUUGGCCUCCUCACUGACCUAGCUCUCUUCCACAUAAACUCCAACCGCUUCUUCGGCUCCAUCCCUGGUAGCUUUUGCAAACUCAACCUCCUUUAUGAACUUGACGUUAGCAACAACCAAUUUAGUGGUGAAUUUCCUUCUGUUGUUCUUUCCCUGCCUUCUCUCAAAUUUCUUGAUAUAAGAUUCAAUGAGUUUCAAGGCAAGAUCCCUUCUAAACUUUUUGAUAUAAAUCUUGAUGCACUUUUCAUUAACAACAACAAAUUCCAAUCAUCCAUACCUACAAACUUUGGAAAGUCUCCAGCUUCGGUCAUUGUAUUGGCAAACAACAAUUUUAAUAGUUGCUUCCCUUCAAGUUUGACAGAAAUGGCAGGGACCCUUGACGAGAUAAUCCUGACAAACAUGGGAUUGACUGGUUGUUUGCCAUCAGAUAUCGGGUUGAUGAACCAAUUGACAGUUUUCGAUGUAAGCUCCAACAAGCUUGUGGGUUCACUGCCAGAGUCUAUAGGAGACAUGAAAAGGUUGGAGCAGCUGAAUGUGGCACACAACAUGCUUUAUGGUGACAUUCCACGAAGCAUAUGCUUAUUGCCUAGGUUGGAGAAUUUCACAUACUCUUACAAUUACUUCUGUGGUGAGCCACCAGCGUGCCUCAAGCUACAAGCCAAAGAUGAUACUGAGAACUGCAUACCCUAUAGGCCUUUGCAGCGAUCACCUCAGGAAUGCAAGUCCUUCUAUGCUUUUCCUCCCAGCUGCAGUGCCUCCGGGUGCUCACCACCUCCUCCUCCACCUCCACCUCCUCCUCCUCCAAUAAAUUUUAUUAUCCUUGACCGUCGUAGAGACUUUGAUUAUAAACAGGUUGAUUUCUUUCUUUUCUUGAAGGGGGAAAAACAGUGAUUUCUUCUAGUUGGAUCUCUUUUGAUAGCUACAGCAAGGGGAAAAAAAAAGGGGAAGUAGAAUUUUUAAUUUUGUUUCGCUUUCAUUUUCUCUUACAGGAAAAUAAAAGGCUCAAUUGCAAUAUUAUCGUUAUUGGUAUGUAUAUAUAUUUCUUGAAUUGAAAAAGUUUAGCUUCUGUGACGCAGGAUUUCUUUUA